AUGCAAGUAGCUAGUAGUAAUGUUGCGUUAUCAGAGGUAGAGUUAGAGAGGAUUGUUGGCGAUAACAAGGGUCACGACAUUAGCAGGAAAUACAGUGGUGGCAGUCACGAAGCUGGCUACAACAGAAGCAACAGCCACGGCAACGGCAACGGCAGGAAAUACAGUGGUGGCAGUCACGAAGCUGGCCACAACAGAAGCAAUAGCCAAGGCGACGACUGGAAAUACAGCAGGAGCAGCUACUAUGGCAGCCAUGGCAGCUACGGGAACAACCACUAUCCGCCUUCAGAUCCCAGAUUUGACAGAUCCAACGUGCCGGAUAAUGAGUAUAUCAAACAGUUGUUAUUUGAAAAUAAAGAAUUAAAGGGCUUGGUAGAGGAAAAGAAUAGGACUAUUGAAAGACUACAGCGACAGUUGAGUUUGCUCUCUCCCAAUGGUUCAAAUGGUAACAAUACCCCCUUACACCAACUACAAAACAACGUGUCCUCUCUACAAUCAGUGUCGCCAGUUUUCGUAUCUUCUCCAUCUCGGCCUCAUCCACCACCGCCGAUUGAUAGUCCACCAUUGCCGCCUCAUUUAUUGCAACACAGUAUAACUCCAAAGUCCAAUCUCACUGAAGCUUCACAUGACGAGAUCUUAAUUUCGCCCAUUCUUCAGCAUCAACAGCAACAGUCAAGAGCACCAAAACAACAGCACCAGCAUCAUCACCAGCAUCAUCAUCAGCAACAUCAGCAACAUCACCAGCGAAAUGAAUAUAACCAAAGAAUAUCACUACCCACAUCGAAGGAAAUGACUUCAUCACCACAUCUUGAUGAAAUUAUGGUCUCACCACUGGAGAUUCCUGUGCGAUCAUCUUUAAGAAGUUCCGAAUUAACAAAUGACAAGCCAAUAACACCUAAAGAUAAUAGGAGAUCAUCCAUGACGUCUGAUCGAUCAGCUGCAUAUCUACCAAAUUCAGUAUCAAAUGCAAGUAACCUAUCGUCAAAUGUAAGUAGUCGUUAUUCACCCAUCAGAGUUGACGAGGAGAAGGAAAAGGAGAAGAGCGAUUUACAAUCAGUAUCGAACAUACCUGGAAAUACCACCCCUCAUGACGAUACUAUGGAUUCCCUCAAACAACUGAAUAUGUCAAUUGACACCAAACAAAGCUUUGAACACACAUUAAACACCGUCGAGUCCUUAGACUUGUCUAGAGAUGAAGCGGAGGACACAAUAGAUAGUCAAUACAACUUAGCAUUGGAGUCAUUGAAAUCACAAACUGAUAACACCACCACCGCGACCGCCGCUACUACUAAUACCACAAAUACUACUGCAACAACAACAACAACAACUGCGGCAUCGAGUAGUGUGAUUUAUACUCACAAUAAACAACUAGCCCGCAGUACAAGUAGUAUUGGCUCAACAUAUAAAUCAUCAAGGAUCAAACCACCAUUUCAUCAUAAACUUAUGCAUGGCAACCAUAGCACCACUGAAUUAGCACCUCCAACAUCUUUAAAAGCGGCAUUGGGUGAAAAGAAUAGUUCUCGAAACAAUAUUUCGGCAUAUAAUACACCACCUAACCAAGUUAUUGCCAACUAUGGAGUCCCGAACUUGACCAAAAAUGAUUUUCAAACACCAGAGGUACUAAGUGAUGAAAAGUUUGAGCAAUUUGAAUCUCCAAGCUCAAAAUUGGACGAAAAAAAUAUGGCAAUUUUGCCUUCACCAGUAGCGGAUGAUAGUCUCAAGCAUCAGCACUCUUAUCACCAAGCUCCAGCAUCAGCAGCAUCAUCAUUAUCAGCAGCAGCAGCAGCAGCAGUAGGAGCACUACCACUACUACCACCACCAAAUUCAGAGACACAGUAUUCACAUAAUAAUCAAAACCAACGAUUAGCUUCCCCUUAUAACCUUCAACAACAGCAACCAACUUAUUACACAGGGAGACCUCUUCAAACACCCACAUCUUCCAAGAACAAUAUCCAUGUUUUGAGUCCACAAACACCAGGAUCCAGCUUUAAUGUUUUGAAUACACCCAAGACUGAUAUGGAUGAAUCUUCAUUAUUCAUCAAACCGGAGGAGUUUCACACAAUUUUCAUUAAAGUAAUUAGUACUAUUCAUAUUGAUUCACUUAUGAACCAAACUUCUGCCAAGAAAACAGAUGAUCCGAAUAUAACCAUUACAAUAAAUGAUAGAGAAACUAAUAAGGAGAUGUGGAGAAUACGAAAGACUCACUCUCAGAUAUGUUCUUUUGAUGCAGAGGUUAGAUCAAUUAUUGAAUACUUUGGAAUGACCAAUUUACCAGAUAAGACAAGUUUUGCAUCCACUACUCCAAGCAAGAUCGAGGCACGAAGAGCGUUGCUACAAAAUUAUUUUAAUUCAAUCUUUCUUAUGCCUCAUAUUCCUCACAUUGUGUUAUACAAAUUGUGCUUAUUUCUUUCAUUGGAUUUUGUCAAUCCGUUAGACGAUUUCAAAAGUGGAUCACGAAAAGAAGGCUAUCUAGUACGAAAAUACAAAGGAAUAGGAACUAGUUGGAAAGUUAGAUGGUGUCAAAUUGAAAAUAAUCAACUUGAAGUGUACCCAUUCCCUGGUGGUCAAUUGCAGGAAAGUAUAUCCUUAUAUAACGCUCAGAUUGGACGCCAAGCAGCAGAUUCAGUAGCUGAAGAUAAGGGGUAUAGACAUGCGUUUUUAGUCAUGGAGUCACCUAAAGCAUCAAAAUUACAUAGCACAACGAACAAGUAUUUCUUUUGUGCGGAAACAGACGAAGAAAGAGACGACUGGGUGACGGCGUUAAUUGAGUUCACUGAAAUCGUUCCAAGUCCAGAACCAAAGCUGGCUGAUGUUUCACCUCAAAAGCCUGUUAACUAUGCUGAUGCAACUACACCCGCCGAUUAUGAUAAGAAGUUCCUGUAUGAUAAUUAUAACGAAGAAAGUGGCAGUCCUGUGAGUUACGCUAAUGGGAAAUUUGCUUCAGAUCAAGUGUCUUUCCAAACAUCGAUUCUGACCGAAGAACAAGGAAAACGAAUGAAAAAGAGAAGCUAUUUUUCUUUUAGGAAUAGAGCCUCAUCUAAUGCUAGUGAACAAGGCCUGCAACCUCUUCCACCAUCACAGCCACAACAACCACCACCACCACCACAACAACAACAACAGCAUCAGCAACAGCAUCAGCAACAGCAACAGACACAGCCACAGCAACCACCACCAUUUCCACCACCACCAACACUACCACUACCACUACCACCACAGCAACAACAACUACCACAACAACCUCAGCCCAUACAACUACAACAACAACUGCGAUACACAUAUGCACCUGUUUCAAAUGGAUAUCAGUCGGGAGUUUCUCAGGUACAUCCCAUUCAAGUAGACUCCUCCAACUCUAUGCAACAAUACCUUGAUGAGCUAGAUCUUGGAAACGAAGUGACUAAAUCGAUUUUUGGUCGAGAGAUUGAAGUAGCGCUUGAAUUAUCUAGUCAUGAUUACAUGGGUAGACAUAUUCCAAGCAUAUGUUUUCGAUGCCUUGAUUAUUUGAAUAGGACAGGUGCCAUAUUCGAAGAAGGUAUAUUUCGAUUGAGUGGUUCAGCUUCGACUAUUCGACAACUCAAAGAGGCAUUUAAUCGAGAACAUGAUUUAGAUUUAUUCAGGAGUCCCUUGAAACCUGAUAUUCAUACUGUUUCUGGGUUGUUCAAAACAUAUUUGAGAGAAUUACCUAGUCCAAUAUUAGGAACCGAUGCAUAUUUGCAAUUGAACAAUAUUGUAUUGAAUAAACACAACAAGUUCUUACCAUCACAAAUAGCCAUCAUGUUUAAGGAGUAUCUAAAUAAUUCAAACAAUAUUGAUGCCAUUCACUAUGACUUAUGUUAUGUGAUUUUCAAAUUCCUUCGACAAAUUAUUUCCCAAAAUCAGAUUAAUCGAAUGAAUUUAAAAAAUCUAUGUAUUGUGUUUGUGCCUACUUUGAAUUUAAGUCUUGAGGUGUUGAGCACUAUAUUGAUUGAUUUUGAAUGUAUUUUUGAAAAUGGGAAACCCGUACUGGAUUCAAACAGAGAGGUCUUGGAUCUUCAUAUCCCUAAUUUUUAA